GGUAACCAGGACGCCACGGCUCCGCCGGACGCGAUGGCUCAGCCCUACCCCCCGGCCCAGUACCCCCCACCCCCCCAGAACGGGAUCCCUGCAGAGUACGCGCCACCGCACCCCCACCCCACGCAGGACUACUCGGGGCAAAGCACAGUACCGGAGCACGCCAUGACCCUCUACACACCAGCACAGAGCCACGCCGAGCAGCCGGGCACCGACGCCAGCACACAGUCCAUAGCAGGGACGCAGACGGUACCGCAGACAGACGAGGCGGCACAGACAGACAGCCAGCAGCUACACUCCUCAGACAACACAGACAAGCAGCAGCCCAAGAGGUUACACGUCUCCAACAUCCCCUUCCGAUUCCGGGACCCCGACCUGCGGCAAAUGUUUGGGCAAUUCGGGAAGAUCCUGGAUGUGGAGAUCAUUUUCAAUGAGCGGGGCUCCAAGGGUUUUGGGUUUGUAACUUUUGAAACUAGCACAGAUGCCGACCGGGCACGGGAGAAGCUGAAUGGCACCAUCGUAGAGGGCCGGAAGAUUGAGGUGAACAACGCCACGGCCCGGGUCAUGACGAACAAAAAGUCUGCCAACCCCUACACCAACGGCUGGAAGCUAAACCCGGUGGUGGGAGCAGUCUACGGCCCCGAGUUCUACGCAGUAACGGGGUUCCCGUACCCCGCCACGGGGACGGCCGUGGCCUACCGAGGGGCACACUUACGGGGACGAGGACGCGCUGUCUACAACACCUUCCGGGCUGCGCCGCCUCCGCCGCCCAUCCCCACCUACGGCGCGGUCGUCUACCAGGACGGGUUCUACGGAGCAGAGAUCUACGGGGGCUACGCCGCCUACAGAUACGCCCAGCCCGCGGCAGCAGCGGCAGCAUACAGCGACAGUUACGGCAGAGUGUACGCAGCGGCAGACCCGUACCAUCACACCAUCGGCCCCGCCGCCACAUACAGCAUCGGCACCAUGGCUAGUCUAUACCGAGGAGGGUACAGCCGCUUCACUCCCUACUAGCAAGACAGACACAGCCCCUCCCACCACUAACACUGACUGCUCACUAGCACCAAACCAAACCAGGCAGACAGAGCCGAGGCCGAGCCUCUGGAGGAACCGCGGGCCCUGCCCGGGCGGGCUGGGGCUGGGGCUGGGGCUGGGCUCCGCUGCGCCUCGGCAGCCCGCACCCGUAGGGUUACCUCAAGCCGCUCCGUCCCGCCGCCCGCCCGCGUCUCCUGCACCGUCCGCCUGCCCCGGCCCAGCCCUGCGCCUCGGUGCUGCCGAGUGCCGCGGGACCCCGGGCGGCUCCUGCCCGCGGCAUCCCUGGGGCCCGCGGGGAGCGGGGCUGGCCCUGGCCCUGAUGGCACCCUACUCCCAGAGCCGUGUUGCGGGGUCCCCAGGCAGCUCCAAGGGUGCUGCCCUUGCUGGGGGUGCAGAGGGCUCGUCCCCACCGAGGCAGGGGAGGAUGCUCUGCCCGCAGGCGCGGGGGGCACGGUGCUGACGGCAGUCCCGGAGCAGCCCCUCUGCCCCACCGUAGGAGAGACAGGAGCCGGCAGGGGCUGCUGCAUGCUCCUCGGGGCCGGGCGCGGAGGAGCUCCAGUGCGGCACGCGUGGGGUGCGGUGCGGGGCUCGGGGGCUGCCCCACGCACCGCUCCAGCGAAAGACCUGCCUCUCUGUUUCUGUUGUAGUGAAACCGCGGCCGUUUCCUUCUGGGACCAGGAAGGGCAAAAAACAAAAAAUACAUACACACACACAAAAAAAUCAAAAAUAAAAAAAUUAAAAGCAAAGCAACAAAAAAAAAAAAAAAAA